CGUGUUCACACUUCACAGCUGACUGCCCACUUAUGCUUGCGUGUAGCACUCUAUUGGUAAUACAGCACUAACAGUUCACUCGCCUGCUCGCUGAUUGGCCAGCGCAGACCACCUGCCCCUUUCCCCGGUCGUGAUUGGCUACAGAGCUCCUCACGUGACUGCUACUUAAUAACGCACUCUACAGUCCACCAAUCAGGAGAGCGAGAGAGCGCGCAGUAGAUCUGCCCACUAUAUACGGACCCAGUCCUCUCAGUUCAACUAUUUCAGACACUUGCUACUUGUUUCGCCAUCUUUCCCCACGAUGUCUACCAACUUUUGUUCGCAGUUCCUCAAGCAGCCUGCUGCUUCUUUCUCCGUUAACAGUUUGUUAGCGUCUGGCAUGGAUGAUCAGUAUGGGGAUAUGACAGUUUCCACGACGACUGAACCCUUGCCAACCAGCACCGCCUCUAUCAUGGAACCGAAACCUGACCAGCCGCUGGCUGAACUCGAUGAAGUGGAACUCUGGUCACGAUUUAACCGACUAACCAACGAAAUGAUCGUCACUAAAAACGGAAGGCGAAUGUUUCCUGUUCUCAAGGUAAACUUAUCUGGUCUUGACCCCCACGGGAUGUACUCCCUCUGUCUCGGAUUCACCCCUAUCGAUAAUCACCGCUGGAAAUAUGUGAAUGGUGAGUGGGUGCCCGGUGGUAAACCUGAGCCCCCUGCCCCAGGAUGUGUCUACGUUCACCCAGACUCACCAAACUUCGGAGCUCACUGGAUGAAGCAGACUGUUAGUUUUUCUAAAGUGAAGCUUACGAACAAGCUCAAUGGAGGCGGCCAGAUAAUGCUGAACUCCCUCCACAAGUACGAGCCAAGGUUACAUAUCAUCAGGGUUGGUGCUCCGGACGUUACUAAAAGUGUGACAUCGUACAGUUUUUCUGAGAGCAGGUUCAUCGCCGUCACCGCUUAUCAGAAUGAAGAGAUCACCGGGCUAAAGAUAAAGUACAACCCCUUUGCCAAAGCCUUCUUGGAUGCCAAAGAAAGACAGGAGAAGGAGGGAUUGCACAAGCGAGAGCGAGAUGACGGUCCCAUCAAGUCCAUGUCGUCAUGUAGUUAUUACAACAAGGCUUCAGCUGACUCUCUGACGGAACGGCGAGCCAAGCGAAUGUGCCUGUCUAGCCCGAGUUACGCCUUCCAACGCCACCCAUCUCUUGAUAUAGGGAGGGUGAGCAGCACGACUAACUCUGGACUGCAGGGGUUCCAGACCGAAUCGUUACAACCCACCCCCUAUACCCCCGUUACUCCGGUCUCCGAUAUCUGGUCUCAAACUUCUCCAUUUACCCCUCACACUGAAUCUUAUUGGACUUCAUCUUACAACACGUACAGUGCCGCCCUGCAACCCUACCUUCCGGUCACCUCCACUUACACACCUCCCUCUUCCAUACCGCCUCGUGUCAAGGAGGAACCAACAGAGCCAACAAUCGGUACCACCAUCACUACAGACCUGUUCACAGCUGAUCCUUCAGCUGUGAACAAUCACGAGGACGUGGGUACUAGUUAUCUGCCUUGGGGCACCCCCGGGUUUGACACAAGGCGGUCCCUCAUUGAACCAACUCCCCAGUUCCCGUGAAGAAAUUCAGAAGUUGUUUUGAUGUGAAAUAAAGCUGUGCUUACACACAAUUUGCUCGAAAACGUGAGGAAGAAAAUUAUUCGUUCGACAGAGUAGAUAAGCUGGAUUUAUUGCUUCUGUUUGGGAUCAAGACUGUGAGAAAUUUAGCCGUUAUUCCGUUGGGAAUCAGAAUAAGUUGCAGAGGACAAUUAGUUGAUUUUUGAUACGAAAGCAUUUUGUUUUAAUUCCUUAUUUCAAUUUUAUAAAGCAUAUUCAUUAAAUUCGCUUAUUGGAAAA